AUGGGCCUUUUCGGCCACAUGCGCAUCCACGAGAGCGGCCUUGACCGCACUCUCGACACACCCACCACAUCCAACACAUCCACCGCGCACACCCCCACCCUCGCUCCAUCCGUCUGCGCCACCAUUACCACCAACACCACCACCGCCUCCUCUGUAGCUGACACUGAAACCUCCGACUUCUCAUGCCCACACUGUCCACGCACAUUCACCUCACGCAUCGGCCUGGUCGGUCACUUGCGAAUCCAUCGCACAGAGACUGGCGAACCAGUGCCUGGAGAACCCACCUAUACCUACCAAGCUCGUCUCAACUGCCCACACUGUCCUCGCACUUUCAGGCAUCGUAUGGGCCUAUUCGGCCACAUGCGCAUCCACGACGACCUGCGGUAG